AAACUGACACUACUUGGUCAAACUUAGAAUCUCAGUUUAGAUCUCUUUUCCAAAUUCCGUCUCAUGCUCAGUUGAGUGCUACUUAUAUUGAUGAAGACGGCGAUAAUGUAGCACUUUCAAGUGAUUUAGAACUUGCUGAGGUUCUCACUCAAUGUUCGGCUGGUACCGCUAUUAAAAUCGUUUUGAAAACUAAAUUGACUGUUGACGAAACUGCCGCUGCAUUGGAACAAAUAAGUCUCGAAGAUGAAGAAUCCUACGAAACUAUCUUAUAUUCCCAAUCUGAGCCUGAAGAGACUGAAGGACAAGGAACCUGUAAAGAAACAUGUGGAGAAAUUUGCGAAGAUGUUAUUUAUUCAGCAGAUGAAGUUCAUGAACAAGGGCAUAUUGAUUAUAGUAGCUCUGACCCCGAAAUUUACUUCUUUGUCUCUCGUAAACGUUCUCAUCGUGAACCACGACGAAUUUAUGCAGGGUCCGCUAAACUUGAAUCUUUUGGUGGACAAAAUGCAUGUCCUUUUGCGGAACGUUUUCGUGGUCCUCAUGGUAGUGGUAGAGGUCAUGCACGUAUGCAUAGAAUGCAUAAACAUGGUGAACCAGGUCAUCAUCAUCGUGGCCAUCGAUUUCGUGGUCAUAGACAUCCUUAUAAGAUGUGUAAACGUGACGGAGGACAUGAAAAUGAAAAAAUGGAGGACAAACCCGAUAAAGGCCCUGAAAUGAAUGAAUCAGGCCCUAGUACUAGAGAAGAUCAUCAUCAUGGUCACCAUAUGCAUCAUAGAAAAGGUGAUAAAAAAGCGAAAUUUCAUUCUAGUGGUGACGAGAGACCUAGACAUCAUUGUGCACGUGUUCAUGCACAUCCAUAUUUCCAUCAUAAGCACGGACAUGGACAUCAUGGACGUCACGGUGAUCAUGGAGAAAUUCCUCCUGAGAAAGUAGCAGAAAAAUUAGAAAUUUUGAAUGGCUUGUCUUUUCCGGCUGAAAACAAUUCUCAUUAUGAAGAGCUUUUGAAAAGAUAUCAUGGAAGAAUCGGUCAAGUUGUUGAAGCAGUUAUUAGGGAACAAAGGGAGAAAGAACCUAAAGAGCCCAAGGAACCGGAAGACAAUGAUCCAGAAGGUGAUGAAGGUCAAGCGUCGACCUCCCAACCCAUGCAGAGUUAA